ACAGACAUCUGCGGGGGGGCCCAUCAGGAAGUAGGGGGCAGGCUGCGGCGGGCUGGGGCUGCCUGGGGGUGCCAGGGGGCCCACAGGUCUAGCGGGGUGGGUGGCAGAUGGCGGAUAGCGGAUGGAGCGGGAUCCAGGGAACAGUGGGAGCCAGCAGGGAGUUAACGUCUGCAGUACUUUGCCCAACAGGACUAAUGAGACACAGGUGGUCCCCUGGCUCCAGCCCCACCUCCCAGCCCCCUGAUAGUGUAAACUGAUGCUGGUUGUCUGGGGUGGGGAGAGGGGGGUUCUGCAGCUACGGGAAGGGGGGCGGGGCUGGGGAGGCUGGCGGGGGCCCAGCACAUAACUCUGGGCGGUUGCAGUCUGGGGCCGCAGACACCCAGCCACUCUGAGCAGAACUGACAGCAUGAAGGCCCUCCUGGCCCUGCCGCUGCUGCUGCUUCUCUCCACGCCCCCGUGUGCCCCCCAGGUCUCCGGGAUCCGAGGAGAUGCUCUGGAGAGGUUUUGCCUUCAGCAACCCCUGGACUGUGACGACAUCUAUGCCCAGGGCUACCAGUCAGACGGCGUGUACCUCAUCUACCCCUCGGGCCCCAGUGUGCCUGUGCCCGUCUUCUGUGACAUGACCACCGAGGGCGGGAAGUGGACGGUUUUCCAGAAGAGAUUCAAUGGCUCAGUGAGUUUCUUCCGCGGCUGGAAUGACUACAAGCUGGGCUUCGGCCGUGCCGAUGGAGAGUACUGGCUGGGGCUGCAGAACAUGCACCUCCUGACACUGAAGCAGAAGUACGAGCUGCGAGUGGACUUGGAGGACUUUGAGAACAACACAGCCUAUGCCAAGUAUGCUGACUUUUCCAUCUCCCCGAACGCAGUCAGCGCAGAGGAGGAUGGCUACAGCCUCUUUGUGGCAGGCUUCGAGGAUGGCGGGGCAGGUGACUCCCUGUCCUACCACAGUGGCCAGAAGUUCUCUACCUUCGACCGGGACCAGGACCUCUUUGUGCAGAACUGCGCAGCUCUCUCCUCAGGAGCCUUCUGGUUCCGCAGCUGCCACUUCGCCAACCUCAAUGGCUUCUACCUAGGUGGCUCCCACCUCUCUUAUGCCAAUGGCAUCAACUGGGCCCAGUGGAAGGGCUUCUACUACUCCCUCAAACGCACCGAGAUGAAAAUCCGCCGGGCCUGAGGGGCUGGCCCCCUCAGGCCCCUUUCCUCCCCUGGACACCCAUGGUCUCCAUGAGUGCUCCCUCUGCUGCCCGUGAUGCAUGCUUCUGCUGAUUCCUGAGCACCAACUCCUUACAAGGGGGCCUUGUGGCUCUCAGCCAUGCCUCAUCCCUGUCACACACCCAGGGCAUCCAUUCCUAAGCCAGACCCGGCUCCCCUACACCUGAAGUUAUGCUGCCAGCAGCUCCCCAGGCCUCUUCCGAGAGGCACAUGGUUCUAGCCUGGACCUGGCUGGGCUCCAUGAGAAUGAGUUACCUCCACCCUGUCCCAACAGCUGACAGCCAGGAGCCACUCUCCCAGCUGCAGGCCUUUGUGGUCCAUCUUGUCCCGCUUCCUCACUGUGGACCCCUGUCUGGGCCACCCUAGUGUGCUAAGCUGAGCAGUGCAGUGUGAACAGGGCCCAUGGUGUAUUCUAGGCCACAGCCCAGCACUCUUCUGGCUACUCUCAAACCAUGUCCCAUCUUCAGCCUCCCUCCCACCAACUUACUCCCCUGUGGUGAGUACCGUGGAACCCCAGCUCACCUCACUAUCAUACUCAGCUUUCCCUGAUGGCCCAUCCCAGCCCCUGAAGCUCUAUGCCAAGAACACAGCUACCGCACACCACCCUGAAACAGCCACAGCCAAGGUAGGCAUGCAUAUGAGGUCUUCCCCAUACCCUCUGGGGGUUGAGAGGUUUAGCCACAUGAGGGAGCAGAGGACAAUCUCUGCAGGGCUGGGAGUGGGUAGGGACUGAAGGUCUCAAUAAACCUUCAGAACCUGAAUGAACUGGCUUCAUACACACGAACAUAUUUGCUUAUCCCCCAAAUGUAGGCACCUGGCUCCUCCUUGCUCCCCUACUGAUGGUGUCCUACCCCGAACUCCAAAAAUUACACCUGGAGUCAGGUGCAGAAGGGAACCUUGUAUUUCACAGGCCUCAUUUUGAUGGCAAAAAAACAGUGUAAUAACAUAAUAAUAAUAAAAAUAUAAUACUGAAAA